GUAUUUCCGUUGUCGUUGUUCUGACUUUUCUGAGGGAGUCCGCAGUCAGCUCGUGCGGUCUGACUGUCGGUGUCAGUUCGACACUCUGCAUCGCGCAGGAACGCUUUGUUCGCAGUCAGUCAUCGGAGUUUAUCACCGCCUCAUUGCCAUUACACGUUUUACACGCAAAUUACGCCGUCAGUCGAGUCCUGCGUGACCGUGCGGCCUUCAAAGCUUCAUAGAAAUUUAUAUCAGAGAAGUAUUGGUGAGGAGAGGUCGUCAGUGAGUGGACAAUGCCUCUGGUGAAGCGACAAAUCGAGCCCGUUCACAUCGGGCGGAAGAAAAUGGACGCGAGAGUUCGGACCAAUGAGCUGGAGGCUGUGGCGGUCAACCUGAUGGGCGGAUUUAUGCGCCAGUUGAGCGACCUGGCGCGCCAAUCCGACGACCUAUUCAACGAGCUGCUGUGGGAGAGCGAGUCGAUUACGAGUCGAGCGAACAGCUUGACUCUCCGGCUGAAAGAUUUGAGAGAGAGACUCAUCGAGAUUGAGUGCGACGAGGAGGACGAUGAUUACGAAGACAUGUUUGCCAGCGAUCACUUCAAAAGCAGACAGAAACCCAUUCAGCAGCUUUUCACAGCAGACUCUCGACCUCUAGUUGUCCAGGAAUCGUAUCUUGAAUCAGACCCUCCUCCGUCGCUUUGGAAAUUCAACGAGUUUCAUCCACCGAAAACAAACUGUAUGGACCGUUAUUCAUAUCCUCGAUAUUUCUUCGAGUUAUGGGCGCAGGGCGAGCUACAGAAGCAAACAGCAAGGAAGAAUGCGAGACGAAAGACGAACUCAAGAAAUAAAACGUUUUCUGAGUUUUCCCGGACGUGGACUAAAACGGAUGUACAACGUGUGAAAGUUAAGACAUACGACAGAUUAGGUCAAGAGUUUGCAAGCGAUUCGAGAUUCGGUUCAAGUAACGAUCUGAUCCGCAGCCAUCUGACUAUAGCCAGCGGUGACUCGGGCUUCCAGACGGGCAGCGAGUCGGAUCUACGGAGCAUCGGAAUGUCUCAACAAGACAACACAUUGAGAUAUCGCACGAUGAGUGUAACGGGCAUUGGCUCAGCGGAUCUUUUUGGAAAGAAAGACAAACGGUCAGGAACUUUGUCUCGAUUGUUUAGCCGUAAGAAGAGCGCCAAGUCAAUGGCGGCGAAAGAACGAGCCGCUCUACGAGACCUUUUUGAUCUUGAGUCACAGCAGGCUGGUAGUCAAGAGUCACUCCAACAGGCGACAGCUUCAGACGAACGACGAUUGUCGACGACUGCGUCUGAGCAGGUCGCCUUUUAUACCAACAUCAAUGAAGUAAGGCCACGUAGUGUUUCUGAUGCUACAGCAUUGCAGCACCCGUUGCCAUACGAACACACGAAACGAAUGCGGAUGAGUCAGACGAAUCACCUGUCUACCCAGCAACGAAACAUUGUUCAUCAUCGACAGCAGUCGUCACCAUCGGUUGCUCAAACGGCAUCAUAUGCUCGGUCGGUGAAGAAGAAUGGGAUAUCUACGAUGGCGACGCACGGUUCACGUGCAGGCAUACAACGAGAAGCGAGUCCUAUUUAUGAGGUUCCGCCUACAAAUGAUAAGUUGGACGUGAUCAGAGAGAACAUGAUGAAUGGUGACGAUUUCGGUCAACUCAAUAUGUCGCUUAGUAGUCAAGUAGAGCAGCUGCUCAGGUCUCGGAGUGACAAACCAAACAGUAACCAGUUGUCCAUCCAGAACAGCAUCGAUCGAAGGUCAGACGUCUCGAGUAGCACGUCCGGCAUUGAGAGCGAUAUUCAGUCGUCUGCAUCUUCGACGUCAUCGGGAACACUACAGAAACAACUGAGUGAACACCCGCUGUUGAGGAAGACGUUGAGCCAAAUGGAUACUCGCAGUCAGUCGAGUAGUGUGCAUUCGAGUCCUCUCGUUCCUCGGUGUCACUCGAUGAAAGAGAUGCCACGAGAGCCGCUAUACGAUGCAGUAGCAUCGGACGACGUGGUUGCAAAGCAUGACAACACAUCCGGCUAUUCAGAGCCUCAGCUACCAAGCCCAGCCACUCUACAUACAGCAGUGAACAAACCAAAAAAGAAACCGUCCCAGUCUCGAGAGAGGAAGUCGUCAGACAGGGCAUCUUCAGAUAGGAAGUUGUCAGACAGGGCAUCUUCAGAUAGGAAGUCGUCAGGCAGUAUUCAUCUUCCUCACCAGAAGUCAAUUGACAGUGCAGCAGGCGAAGUAAUCGCCGUGCACGUUGAGAACAACGACGUCUAUUAUGCCAGACAUGAUAGGAAAAAAUCCUUGACCCAUAGUGAGUCGACCGAGAUCGACCCCACUCACUCUCCUAGUUCUUUAUUCAUUUCUCAACCGUCGACCGUUGUGGCUGUUCAAGUGCCGGUUACAAGCUUUAGUUCCAGCGCGACAAGAAAGUCGACGUCCGACGAAAGACGGGAUUCUCUUCGUCCACCAGGCGUGCGUGCAAACUUUGACUUAUUGGCCGCAAUUCGUAAGGGAAAGCAGCUGCGUAAUGUGGACAGAGAGCAGCACCAGAGAGAAGUAGCGGCGAAACGCUCAGUCGGACCAAUGGGUUUCACCGCACUCGACGUGGCAUCUAUUUUAGCAAGACGAGUAGCAAUAGAGGAUGAAGAGGACAGACGUUCGAAUACAUCGGCGUCGACCGGAGAUAACCUGGACAGCGACGGUGAUUGGGAUUAAUCAUAAUCGAGGCUUGACGGAUUUUCAGUCGAAUAACUAUGAAGAGGACGAGUAGCUAUUACUAAUGUGGAGACUAUUUCCGUAGUGAAGCCCGGAUGAAGGCGUUUUAGUCCUAUUUUGUAGUUGUGUGGACAUGGACCGAUCACGUGAUGAAAUGCAAACAGAUUAUUGUAUACUGCACAGUAGUUUUGCAAAACUGUGUGAAGAUAUAUGCACAAUAAUUGCUAUUAUUGAUGACGAUAUUUGAAA